CUGUGCUUGCGUCCUGCGUCCAUCCGCCUCGCGUCGUGCCCUCGUCCGCGCAGCCUCUCCCCGCCACAACACACGAGCAGAAUAGCGGCGAGAGCACAGAAUGCCCAGCGACCUCGACAGACAAAUCGAGCAGUUGUAUCGCUGCGAACCGAUCUCCGAGGAAGACGUCAAACGGCUAUGUAUCAAGGCGCGCGAGAUUCUCAUCGAGGAAGCGAAUGUACAGGUCGUCGACUCGCCCGUUACGAUAUGCGGAGACAUACAUGGCCAAUUUUGGGACAUGAUGGAGCUCUUCAAGGUCGGCGGGUCAUGUCCAGAAACCAACUACUUAUUUAUGGGCGACUUUGUCGACCGAGGCUUCUACAGCGUCGAGACCUUCCUUCUCCUGCUCGCGCUCAAAGUGCGCUACCCGGAGCGAAUCACCCUCAUCCGCGGUAACCACGAGUCGCGGCAAAUCACACAGGUAUACGGCUUCUACGACGAGUGCCAACGGAAAUACGGCUCGUCCAACGUCUGGCGCUGGUGUUGCGAGGUCUUUGACUAUCUCGCGCUCGGCGCCAUCGUUGACGGCCGAGUGUUCUGCGUGCACGGUGGCCUGAGUCCGAACUUGCAAGGGAUUGAUCAGAUUCGCGCCAUUGAUAGGAAGCAGGAGGUCCCCCACGACGGGCCAAUGUGUGACCUUCUCUGGUCAGAUCCAGACGACAUCACAGGUUGGGGCCUGUCCCCGCGGGGCGCGGGCUUCCUCUUUGGCGCGGAUAUCACCAAAAUCUUCGCGCACAACAACGCGAUCGACCUCAUUGCGCGCGCGCACCAGCUUGCGAUGGAGGGCUACAAGCUCAUGUUCGAUAAGACGAUCGUCACCGUCUGGAGCGCACCAAAUUACUGCUACCGGUGCGGGAACGUGGCGUCCAUCCUGGAGCUGGACGAUAAUCUCGGACAAGAAUACAAGGUCUUCGCGCAUGCUCCCUCGGACGUCCGCUCGAUACCGGCGAAACGGCCGCCUGCAGAUUAUUUUUUGUAGUGGCUGCAGAUCGGCCGUAGACGUACGGCUAAAGGCAGCGAGCGCUCUAGGAGCGCUGCCAGUCUGACCACCCCGCCUUCCCUUCUCUUCGUUGUCUUCCCUGCGAAAUGCUAGGAUACCUACUGAUAGUCCCUUGCCACCUUGCGUCCGCAUUGAGAGCAGGAGUGUUGAUGGAGGCUCACCGCUGCAUUGUUGUAUUCUGACCAUACUUCGACUCACGGAAAUGUGUAGCGCUAUCAUUGACCUGAAGGUACUGCAAACGCUGGCAGUCGAUGCGCGUGGAUACGAUAACUUUAGGUGCUGCAUGUGCAUUGCGACUGCUAUCGCUCGUCUACUACAUGUUGG